AUGGCGGUCUCACCUCUUAUCAUCCCAGGCGCUGGGGAAAGGGAGAGAAGCGCCGCAACCACCAAGUCCAAGCUCUCAACCACUGCCCCCUCCUCGAGUGGAGCGACUCCGGAAGCACAAGCCCAAGCUAGAAAUGGUAGCAGUUCUGGGAAUGAUGUAGCAGAACAGAUGAACGAGAAUGAAAAGCUGAAAUAUGUAAAAGGCAAAAAGCUCGGUGAGGGAACCUAUGCAAAUGUCUACCUCGGUCAUCUACGUUCCUCUCCGUCUACCCUCGUCGCCAUCAAAAAAAUAAAAGUCCAAAAGGAAUACACCGAAGGCAUGGCCCCGGACGCCGUCCGCGAACUAAAACACCUCCAAGAACUCUCCCACCCCAACAUAAUCUCCCUCCUCUCCGUCUUCUCCUCCAAAGACCAGAAUCUCAACUUAGUCCUCGAAUUCCUCCCUCUGGGCGACCUCGAAAUGCUCAUCAAGGACGUGGAAGGGGUACGUUACGGCGCGGCCGAUAUAAAGGCCUGGAUGGGGAUGCUAUCCCGGGCAAUCUGGUUCUGCCACGAGAACUUCGUUCUCCACCGGGAUAUCAAGCCUAACAAUCUGCUCAUCUCCGGCGAUGGCGAGAUCAAACUAGCAGAUUUCGGUCUUGCGAGAUCAUUCUCCGAUCCAUAUCGCCUCAUGACAUCCAACGUCAUAACCCGCUGGUACCGGCCCCCUGAGCUCCUCUUCGGAGCGAAGCACUACUCCGGCGCAGUUGACAUCUGGAGCGUAGGUCUCGUCUUCGCCGAGCUCGUCAUUCGAACACCGUAUAUAGCUGGCGACACAGAAGUUCACCAAGUGAACCUAAUCUGCCAAGCGAUCGGCACGCCAACUGAAGAGAACUGGCCCGGCGUAUCAAAACUGCCCGAAUACACAGUCCCAGAACCUCACAAUCCCGUAAGACCUCGUGACCAUUAUUUAGCUACGUUUGGCACCACUGGUCAAGAGGGUGCGGAUCUGUUGAUGAAAAUGCUGGUUUUAGACCCUAGGAACCGGAUUACGGCGAAGGAGGUUCUGAUGCACAACUGGUGGCGCUCGGAACCGAAGCCUACGCGAAAGGAGGAUUUGCCUAGGAAGAAGGCCGGCGAGGAGAAGCUGGCGGAGGAUUUGAAGAGGAGACCUGGGAUCCUAGAUGAUGAUCGAGGAGCGAAAGUAGCUCGGAAAUUAGAUUUUGGGGCAAUGUAA